AUGAAGCGCGGGAUCACCACCAAGAUCAGCACCAAACGAGCAGAGCACCUCGUCCAAAAUGGCCAACAUCCAUAUGAUGAGUGGGAGGAGCAACAACGAUACUGGCCUUCGCCGCGGGCGCCGCCGGUGAGCCCGACGGAGUCGCCUCGGACCCCGGGCGGGAGCCACAAGAAGGCGGUGCUGGGCAAGGUGAAGAGCAAGGCUAAGAAAUGGAUGCACAUGCUGCAUCGCAAGAAGAAACCCGCACAGGAGGAGAUGAUGUGGACGCCCAGGGCUGGACCCAGCGCAGAGGACAGCAUCAGCAUCAGGGCCAAGGAGGAACGGCGAGACGCUGGGUACCGUGGAACCCCCAGGAAGGCGCUGCAUCCACAUUUUUACACGGGUGAUUCGGAGAGGGCGUCUGAGGUGUUCAUGGAAGCAGCACCGAGACAGAAUUCACCAGUCCCGAGCCCUACCGCACACAAAGAACAGCCGUACUUCAAGGUCAGCAGCAGGUUCGAGUCAGAGAUGAAGGAAGCCAACGAGAUGCUGAUGGAAUCGAAGCAGCUCCGCAUCAACACAGCCAAGCCCAAGACUGUGACGUUCGCGGCGACCAUAGAACGCGAGCUGGGGAGUGAAAAGGGUGGCUGGAACGACAAGGAGCUGCCUGAAGCAGCGACCGAAGUAGUCCGGAAUGCACUCGCUGCAGUCUAUCAGGUGGCGCUCAAGAUGAUUGCUAAAAUCCAAGACACAAUGGUGGCGUAUAACAUUGAUAGAAGGCACAUGCUAGAGAAGCUAGUAGCAGUCAAUAGAUACCUGAUGUUGAAGCUGGAACCUGGGCAAGACGAUAAAAUACUCUCAGAAGUAAUUACUGAUGCUAUCCUCAAUCUGUUUGACGCAUGGAGCGAGUGUGUUGAGCAGCCUUUGGUGCAAAGGGCAAAGGACCUCUCUUCUUGGUUUCUGCAUGAAGGAAGAGAAGAAACACCUCCCGUUUCACUACCGACACGUCCUUGUGCGUUCGAAGAUGCAGAAGAAUUUUAUUCCUUAGAGAAUGAACAGCAGCUUGAAGCAUGAGAUCAAAGACAUUAUGAAAGUCAGAAGAGUUUGUGUACCUAACAAUGCCAGGAAGCUGAACGCAAAGUCAAAGAGCAUGCCGCGAGCUUACUUUGUUCAUAGAAUUAUGUCAGUCAAAACAUACAACAGCUGCAAGUGAAACCAAAAGGUGGUCUCCGCAGCUUUGUACCCAGAAGCUUGAGUCAGAGAAUACAAUCAGCAAUCUUGAUGAAGUUCCUCUUCAGUAAAGCUUGGCAUCAUGAUUGUAUGGCAAAUUGUAUUCACAAUGUAUGUAAUUAGGAAUGACAGUGUAUAGCAUAGACGUUGAAAUAGAAAUCCUCAACUGCAGAGCAGCAGUUAUGGGAA